AUGGAAAACAUAAUAAACAAAAAGAAUACGAAUGGGGGAAAUAGUAAUAUCUUUGUUUUAUUAAAAUAUUCUAUAUAUACUAUAUUAUUAUGGAUAGUAACAAUUACAAAUAAUAAUUAUACUUAUAAUGGUUAUAACAAUGAAGGAAGUAAACAAGUGAGAUGUAAGAGAUUAUUAAGCGAACCAGCUGUAGAAUUUGACACAAUUUUUGAUGUAUUUAAAGAAAGUUUUCUAGAUCAAAUGGGUUGUAGUGAUCAAGAUAAGGAUGAAAUAAAAAAUGCUAUGAAAAUAUAUUAUGAUAAUAUAGAUAUGAAUGCAUUAACUAAUGAAAUACAAACCAAUGAUAAUUUCUUUAACGAAUUUGGUAAUGAUGUUAAUAGUAUUAAUAAAAUUAUGAAAACCGAUAUUACAAGUGAGCAAGGAACUAGUGCCGAUAAUAAUACAACAGAAAAUAAUAUAUCAACAUCUCAUGUCGAUGAACAACCUGAAUCAUCCACCUCAGGAGUAGAAAGGAUGAAGGAAAGAUCCAAUUUCUUUGCAAAUAACCUAACCGAAGAAAAAAAUGAUACAGGUGAUAUUAAGAAAGAAGAAAAUAAAAGUAAACCAUCACAAUUAGAUGGAAAUAACCAUAGUGAAACUUCAUCACAUCAAGGGGAAAAGAAUAAUAAAAAUGAAACUGAAAAGAAAACUGAUCAAACUGAAACUGAAAAGAAAACUGAUCAAAAUGAAACUGAAAAGAAAACUGAUCAAAAUGAAACUAAAAAGAAAACUGAUCAAAAUGAAACUGGAACAAAAAAACCUUCUAAAUAUACAAUGAAUCUUGAUUCUCCUCUGUUAAAAGGUUCAAGUGAAGGUGAAACUUCAUCCAAAAAAGAACAAGAGAAAAGUGUAGAACCAACUAAAAAGCCAUCUAAAUAUACAAUGAAUCUUGAUUCUCCUUUGUUAAAAGGUUCAAGUGGAGGUGAGACAUCAUCUAACAAAGAAUCAAAUGAAAGUAAUGAACCAACUAAAAAGCCAUCUAAAUAUACAAUGAAUCUUGAUUCUCCUUUGUUAAAAGGUUCAAGUGAAGGUGAAACAUCAUCUAACGAAAAGCAAGAGGAAAGCAAUGUUGCAACUAAAAAACCUUCUAAAUAUACAUUGAACCUUGAUUCUCCUUUGUUAAAAGGUUCAAGUGAAGGUGAAACAUCUUCUAACGAAAAGCAAGAGGAAAGUAAUGUUGCAACUAAAAAACCUUCUAAAUAUACAUUGAACCUUGAUUCCCCUCUUUUAAAAAGCGAAACAAAAUCAGAUGUAAAAGGUGGGUCAAAUAAUUCAUUUGGUCUAGAAAAUAUUAAAAAACUCGAUUUAGGUUCUCUACUUGCACAAAAUUUAGAAUUACUAAAAGGCCUUGCGUUGAAUUUUCAAACAUUGAGUUUAUUUUUCUUGGUGUUCGUUGGACAAUUUUAUCCUAAACAUUUUCAGAAGGCUGCAAUAUUCAUUGGAAUGGUAAAUGUAUUUUUAGAAUGCAAGCGUUUAUAUAGUAGAUCUCAAAAAAAAUUAAAAUAA